AACGCGACAAAAAUCAGGAAGUAGUUUCCCCUGAUUUGACGUGGCUAUGGUGGCCGCCAUUUUAAGCGAUAAGCAGUCGAUACCGGCUUUUAAUCCAAGAAUAUCUUCGUAAUUAAAGGCCAUCGUGAUAAAAGUUAAACAUCAAUAUGUUAAAGAGGAUCAUUUCACUGCUCCUGAUUUCUCUUAAUUGUUUUAAUGGAGUCAUAGGGGAUGAACAUAAUCAUAUGUAUGAUGAAAGUGAAGAGGUUGUAUUAUGGAUGAAUACAGUUGGCCCAUACCACAAUCGACAAGAGACGUACUCAUAUUUCUCUUUACCAUUUUGUGCUGGUAACAAGGAGAGUAUUGGUCACUACCAUGAAACACUGGGUGAAGCUUUACAAGGUACAGAACUGGAAUUCAGUGGACUGGACAUCGACUACAAAGGUGAUGUGAAUAGAGUUAAGUAUUGUGAAGUAACAUUGACUGAAGAGAAGUAUCAAGCCUUUGUAUAUGCUGUCAAGAAUCAUUACUGGUACCAGAUGUACAUUGAUGAUUUACCUAUAUGGGGUAUUGUGGGUGAGAUAGAUGAAAAAGGUGAUGGCUAUUAUCUCUGGACCACAAAGAAGUUUGAUAUUGGUUACAAUGACAAGCAGAUUGUGGACGUUAACCUGACCAGUGAGGAAAAGGUCAAACUAGAACCUGGUGCAGUUAUAGCAUUCAAAUAUGAGGUGAAAUGGUCGCCAUCAACCAUCAAAUAUGAGAAGAGAUUUGAUAAAUAUUUGGAUCCAAACUUUUUCCAACAUAGGAUUCACUGGUUCAGUAUUUUUAAUUCGUUUAUGAUGGUUAUAUUCUUGGUUGGUCUUGUGAGCAUGAUCUUAAUGAGGACAUUGAGGAAAGAUUACGCCAGAUAUAGCAAAGAAGAUGACCUAGACGACAUGGAGAAGGACUUAGGAGAUGAGUAUGGUUGGAAACAGGUACAUGGAGAUGUAUUCAGACCAACAUCAUCAUCCAUGUUAUUCUCAGCACUUGUUGGCUCUGGUUAUCAUAUUGCAGUUGUCUCCCUUUGUGUCAUCAUAUUUGCCAUACUUGGAGAUUUAUAUACAGAGAGAGGUUCUUUAUUAAGUACUGCCAUAUUUGUGUAUGCUGCAACCUCACCAGUGAACGGAUACUUUGGUGGUAGUCUGUAUGCUAAGAUGGGAGGGAAAGUAUGGAUAAGACAGAUGCUAUUAAGUGCCUCCUUGUUGCCAGCUUGUGUUUGUGGAACAGCAUUCUUUAUCAAUUUUAUAGCCAUAUAUUAUCAUGCUUCAAGAGCCAUACCUUUUGGUACAAUGGUUGCUGUAACAUGUAUAUGUAUAUUUGUGAUAUUACCAUUGACAUUAGUGGGCACAGUUCUAGGGAGAAAUUUGGCAGGCCAGCCUAAUUAUCCUUGUAGGAUUAAUGCUGUACCAAGACCUAUUCCUGAAAAGAAGUGGUUCAUGGAGCCAACUGUGAUUACUGUAUUAGGAGGAAUUUUACCAUUUGGCUCAAUUUUCAUUGAAAUGUACUUUAUUUUUACAUCAUUCUGGGCCUACAAGAUAUAUUAUGUAUAUGGUUUUAUGUUGCUGGUCUUCCUGAUUCUAAUGGUGGUUACUGUGUGUGUUACAAUUGUUUGUACCUAUUUCUUACUAAAUGCUGAAGAUUAUAGAUGGCAGUGGACAAGUUUCCUUGCUGCAGCAUCAACAGCAGGAUAUGUGUAUCUCUAUUCCUUUUAUUACUUUUUCUUUAAAACAAAAAUGUAUGGCUUGUUUCAAACAACCUUUUAUUUUGGAUAUAUGGCCCUAUUUAGUAUGGCCUUAGGCAUUAUGUGUGGCACGUUUGGGUACAUAGGAACAAGUGUAUUUGUGAGGAAAAUCUAUUCCACUGUGAAAAUAGACUAAGUAAUAAUUAGAUAUAUGCUACAGCUGAGAAUGCAUAUAGACUAAGUAAUAAUUAGAUAUAUGCUACAGCUGAAAAGGCAUACUGGCUGUGAUGUGUGGGACUAUAUAUAUAUACCAUGUGAUGGGAUAACAGAAAGUGCUGGUCCAGAAGGUCUUAUUUAUGUUAUUUAUGUAUUACUACAACAGCACCAUAUCAAACAGUCAUGACACUAAAAUAGUACAGGGUGCUUAAUUAAAUUUGAAAAUAAGUAGAUAUGGUAGAAUUAUGACCGUAAAGCAUUGAAACAUCUCAAUUUGAAGAUCUGAAUAUCAGUUUUGGUCCCUAGCAUUUAACACUGUUUUAACAUUGAUUGAAAGAGAGCAACAUUACAAUAAAGUUAAUUUAAAUUAUGAAAAUUGAAGUUAAAUCUUCUAAAAAAUGUAAUUUUAAUUUUUGAGAAAGGCUUUUAGAAAAAGGAUUUCCCCAGGUUAUUUAAAAGUCAUUUAAUGCUUUCUUUAUAAUUAAAAAAAUAUAUAUUGAGAUGUUAGAAGUUUAUUGAGUAGUAGUACAAAGUGAUGGAAGAUCUAUUCUAGUCCUUAUUAGUAAAAAAAAACAUGGAUUAAAAAGUAAAAUUCAAACUUUGUUUGUUCAUAUCACAUCAUUACAAUGUAUUGCUGAUAAAAUGUGCUUACAUUCUAUUUGUUGUACAGUUUAUUGAAAGAGGAUUAUUUUUUUUUCUAUAUCUGAAUGUUUUGAAAGGAUGUUUGGAAUUUUUAUAAAAUAAAUUCAUAAAAUGUAUAAUUUAUUAUGGUGUUUCAUGUGUAGUGAGGUUUCAUAGUGAGUAUAAAAUCAUGUUGCUUUUUUAAAUCCAGAAUGAUUGAUACUUUAAUUGUUACAGCAUUCAUUGUUACUGAGAAAAUAAUUUAAAGUUGUGAUUGUAUCUUGUUAAAAACAAAUUUGUAAUGUGACAUUUUUAAUACUUAUAAUUUAUACUGUAGUGAUAUGUUUUUUCAUAUUAUAUGUUGAUUUUGCGUAUUGGCAGGGUGUAUUAUGGUAUACUUCUGUCUGUACAUACAUACUUUGUAAAAUACAUCGGACAUUUAUGUUACAAUCUUAAAAAAUAUCUUAUUUGUUGUUUAAAAAGACUUGAGGGACCUUCAUUAUAAAAAAGAAUGCAAGAAAGUCUCUUUACUUGCAUCAUUUUUCAAAUUAAGGGUCUUGACUUGUUGGAAAUAAAGCCCAUUCUUUAGUUUGAUGAUGUUCUGAUUUUCUCUGAAGUAAUGGGACUUUCCCCUGAUAA